GGUGGGCUGUGUGGUGACUCUGCAGGCUGACUGAAGGAGAGAGGAUCUGUACAGUUGGGCAUGUCAAAGUUCACUUUGAGGGCCUGAUAUUGCUGGAUGUGCUGUUAGAGGGCAGGAUGUCUAAGAUUGGCUUCCAGCUGGGGGUUUCCCUCGUCUUGGUGUUGUGGGUCGGCCGCUCUCAGGCCUGGUUCUUCUUGUGGUCCGACACCACCACCGCCACCCCGCCAGGUGACCGGGAAGGCUCGGGCGCUAGUGGGGAUCAGGACAACAUCGCGGGGGUUGGCGCGGAGAUCAUGGAUGUCGCCACGGGGAUUCGUAAGUUUGUACAGACGUGGGAUAAGGACACGGAAGGCCGCAAGCUGACCACCGUGAGGCCCACUGCCCCGCCCAGGAGAGCCAGCCAGACUGGACCUUCAUCAAGACGAGGCAAACUUGACGAGAGCGGAGUGUCUCUGCUGCAGUUGAUUGGUGACCCUCCCCCGGAGGAGAUCUCCCGGGUUGAAGGGCCAGACAGGAGCCCUGCCUACGUCUUCGGCCCGGAUGCCAACACUGGCCAGCUGGCUCGCGCCCACCUGCCCAGCCCUUUCUACAGGGACUUCUCCCUGCUGUUCCUCCUGAAGCCCACCUCCACCAAAGGAGGCAUCAUCUUCUCCAUCACCGACGCCUCCCAGGCCAUCAUGUACGUGGGUGUGAAGCUGUCGGCCGUGCAGGGCGGAAAGCAGAACGUGGUGCUCUACUACACCGAGCCUGACUCCACAGAGUCGUACGUUGCGGCCACCUUCGCCGUGCCCUCGCUGAGGGACACCUGGACGCGUUUCUCCAUCAGCGUGCGUGACGACAAGGUCGUCUUCUACCUGAACUGCGACUCGGACCCCCAGGUGGUGCGGUUCGAAAGGUCACCUGACGAGAUGGAGCUGGAGGCCGGGGCGGGGGUGUUCGUGGGCCAGGCUGGGGGGGCCGACCCGGACAAGUUUCUGGGGGUGAUCGGGGAGCUGCGGGUGGUGGGAGACCCCCAGGUGGCUGAGAGGCACUGCGACGAGGACGGGGAUGACUCUGACGGGGCUUCAGGAGAUGGUGGAAGUGGGGACAUUGAGACGAAGCCAGCAUCGCCUGGAAGUGGAUAUGUCUGGAAUGGAGCUGAAUGGAGUUGGGCGAACAAGGACACGACCACACCUCCAUCUUCCCGACCAAUCCAGCAGCCACCUGUGACCAAGAAACAAGAGGGUCCCUCGAAGACAGAGACAGGUGCUGGACAGGCGAAGGGGGAGAAGGGUGACCAAGGAGAGAAGGGAGACAGGGGUCAGCUGGGACCCAAGGGAGACUCAGGGUCUGGCUCAAGCGCUCGAGGGGGUACAAGCCUAGAGAAGGGUGAACCUGGAGAAAAAGGGAUGAAGGGUAAGGCUGGCUUCGGCUACUCUGGACCAAAGGGGGACCCUGGUCCUGCCGGUCCCCCAGGCCCCCCCGGGCCCCCGGGGCCCACCACAGAGCUGGUGGAGAGGGAGGACGGCUCCAGGGUGAGGACUGUGGGGGGUGGCCAAGGACCGGCGGGACCUCCCGGACGCCCCGGCCCCGCUGGACCUGCAGGAGCGGACGGGGAGCCUGGUGAUCCUGGAGAGGAUGGGAGUGCAGGUGCAGUUGGACCACCAGGGUUCCCAGGAACCCCAGGAAGCACAGGAGCCAAAGGAGACAAGGGGGAGCGAGGAGAGGGGCAGCCAGGCCUGAGGGGGCCCCCAGGACCUCCCGGCCCCCCCGCUGCCUCCAGACAAGACCGGCCCACAUUUGUGGAUAUGGAAGGAUCUGGCUUCCCUGACUUGGAAUCUAUUCGGGGGCUUCCUGGCUUACCUGGCCCCCCAGGCCCCCCUGGCCCCCCCGGCACCCUCUCUAAUGGCUCAGAUGGACCUGCAUCGCUCGGAGCCCAAGGGCCCCCCGGACAGGACGGAGCGCCCGGUCAACCGGGUCUGCCGGGCAAGCCUGGUAUGGAUGGCCGUCCAGGAGCUGUAGGAACCAAGGGCGAGAAGGGGGAUGCAGGGGAGCUGGGCCUUCCAGGAGCAGUGGGGCAGAAGGGAUCAUCAGGGAGCCCUGGUCCAUCUGGCCGAGCAGGAGAGAGCGGGUUGGCUGGUCUCCCUGGACCAAUGGGACCCAUCGGCCAACCUGGUCCGCCAGGCCCCCCUGGGAGAGGCUACCGUGUGGGCUUUGAUGAUAUGGAGGCUUCUGGUGGGUUUGGUAUUGGUGUUCCUGGAGCGAGAGGGCCAGACGGAAGACAGGGUCCUUCUGGUGUACCUGGACUGCCAGGCAAGUCUGGUUUGCCUGGGUUUCCUGGUCAGAAGGGAAGUGAGGGCUCUGUAGGACGAGACGGGCGGCCUGGUCUGGACGGCUUCCCUGGACCUCAGGGAUCAAAAGGUGACCAUGGCGACAAAGGCGAACGAGGAGAAGCUGGUCAGGAUGGGACUGGACAUCCAGGGCCACCCGGCCUGCCCGGUCCUCCAGGACAGAUCAUCUACCAGACCUCAGGCAGUUAUGAUGGUGUCGCUGGGAGUGUUGGACCUCAGGGUGGACCUGGUUUACCUGGCCAAGCUGGAUUCCCUGGCCCUAUAGGGCCGAAAGGGGACCAGGGGGACGCAGGACUGCCGGGAUACGGAAUUAAGGGGGAGAAGGGUGAGCCCGGCUUGAUCAUCGGACCUGAUGGAAACCCACACUACCUGGGAGGAACGCUGGGUGACAAGGGCGAGAGAGGCCCCCCUGGACCAGUUGGACCCACUGGUCCAUAUGGCCCUGCUGGUCCAAAAGGUGAAAUAGGAAUGCCUGGGAGACCUGGUCGCCCGGGUGUAAAUGGAUACAAAGGUGAAAAAGGAGAGCCAUCUUCAGGUUCUGGCUUUGGCUACCCAGGUGUCCCUGGACCUCCAGGCCCGCCUGGUCCUCCUGGACCUCCUGUCUCCCUCGACCGCUUCAACAGAUACGACGACGUCUCCAGAAACUAUCCAGCAACCAAGGGGGAGAAGGGUGACCGUGGCAAUCCCGGUGUUCCAGGGUCACCAGGUACCGGCUCCAACUACGACAUUUACAGUUUUAAGAACGAGCUGAAGGGAGAGCGAGGGGACGGGGGGGGUAGGGGGAGAAAGGGGGAGCCUGGGGGUGGUUAUUACGACCCUCGCUACAGCGGUGGGCAAGGACAGCCAGGACCUCCCGGAAGCCCAGGCCUGCCUGGUCCAAAAGGAGACUCCAUCAGAGGCCCCCCUGGCCCCCAGGGCCCCCCAGGGUCUCCAGGGAUUGGGUAUGACGGGCGGCCUGGAAACCCUGGCUCCCCGGGCCCCCCUGGGCCUCCGGGCUCCCCCUCCCUCCCAGGAGCCUACAGGCCCAACCACCCCAUCAGUAUUCCUGGCCCUCCAGGGCCCCCCGGGACCCCUGGCCAUCCCGGUCACUCCUCGGGGGUGACAGUCUUGAGGUCGUACGACCUUAUGAUGGCUACUGCCAGGAGACAGGCUGAAGGCACCCUCAUCUACAUUGUGGACAAGACCGACCUCUAUAUCAGAGUCCGUGAAGGAUUCAGACAAGUCCUGCUUGGUGACUACAGUCCUUUUUACAGAGAUCUGGACAACGAGGUAGCAGCGGUCCAGCCCCCUCCGGUGGUCCUGUACCCCCAGUCCCAGGACCAGUCGCCCAACAACGGGGCCGAGCACUACUCCCAGGGCGGGGACGCGACACGCCCCAUCGAGCCUCCCCCUCGCCAGCCCGUGGAGGUCCCCCGACCCGCCCAGCCAGAGCCCAGAUACCCCCCUCAGUACGACCCCAGGUUCCCAGACCCCAGGUACCCCCCUCAGACUGAUGGGCGCUACAACCCAGUUCAACCAGAGAGCCGGUACCCAGUGACACCCCAGCGCCGACCUAGUCCCCCCGUCCCCCAGCCGGCUGGACACCUGCAUACUUCAGGGCCCGGACUGCACCUGAUUGCCCUGAACGCGCCCCAGGUGGGUAACAUGCGGGGCAUCCGUGGGGCCGACUUUCUGUGCUUCCAGCAGGCGCGUGCGGUGGGCCUGAAGGGAACUUUCCGGGCCUUCCUGUCGUCCAAACUGCAAGACCUCUACAGCAUCGUCCGCAAGUCGGACAGAGACAACCUCCCCAUUGUCAACCUGAAGGACCAAGUGCUGUUCAACAGCUGGGAGUCUCUCUUCAGCCAGACCGCAAGCAGGAUGAAGGACAGCGUGCCCAUCUACUCAUUUGAUGGCAGAGACAUCCUCAGGGACAGCGCAUGGCCAGAGAAGCUGAUCUGGCACGGCUCCAGCCCCCAGGGCCACCGCCAGCCCGACAACUACUGUGAGACGUGGCGGGCGGGUGAGCGUGCCGUGUCAGGCCUGGCCUCCUCCCUGCACACCCAGCAGCUUCUCCAGCAGACCCCCAGUGGCUGCUCCAGCGCCUACAUCGUCCUCUGCAUCGAGAACAGCUACAUCACCCACUCCAAAAAAUAAGCGAGGCAGAAGAGGGGUGGAGGGCUUUAGAAUAUGCAAUACAACUGGUCCAAAUUGCCUUUUUUUUUUUGGUCCAUGAAAAGCUGCCCUGAAACGUAUCGUACGACGAACUGUGUUAAUGGCUCUCGCCCGGUAGAGAAGCUUCCAAUGUCUACUCCACCUUUCCAUAUGAUGCCAAGAGGCGGGUCGAACAGAUGAGCAUUUCUUCUUAUUUUGGAGCAUUGGCACAUAUUUUUCCAUGGGGUUGAACAAGUGGAGAACAGUAAGUGUUUUUAAAUUGUAUCCAUAAAAAAAAAAAAAAAUUGUAUAUGUGAUGUUUAUUGUGAUGUUUUUUGUUGUUUGGUUUUAUUAAUGUUUUUACUUUUACGAACAGUCUUUGAAUUUGGUAUAUUCAACCAGUUGUAGCUCUAAUUUUGGCGUAUCAUUUCACUUUUAUUUCCAUUUAAGGAUUGUGGGUUACUAAGGGGUACUACAACUUUUAAAUAUUAUUUUACAAAUAAAGAAAAUAGAUAUUUAUUUUUAAAUGAAUUUGUGAGGGCAUAGGAUUUGAUUUGAGUAAAGAAAUGACAAAAUACCCUGAUCCAUAUUGUAGUUGGCACUUUUUCCACAGAAGAUUUUUUCUAAACAUUUACGCAUUCUAGCAAGCUAGAAUGUUAAAACGUUCUCUUGAAAUUUGUAUUUGGUCAAAAAGAACUUGUGGAAUAUUAAAUACUGCUAUUCUAAGUAUUGUGUCACAGAUGUAUAAAUGUGAUACAUGAUUUUGUUUACCCAGUAUAUAAUAUAUAUAUAUAUAUAAAGAAAAAACGUUUCAUAUCACAAUUUUCUGAGCACUGAAAUCUCAUCUCCUAUUUGGACAUUACUUACAAUAUAACUAAACCCACAGUAUUCAUCCAAAACCAUAUAAGACAAGUUUCUUAAGUCUCCAUCUAAAUUGAGGCUCAGACCAAAUUGAUUGAAAAGGUCAAUUUCUCUGUUAAUAAGAAACAUUUCCUGUUGAUAAAUCUGUUCAAUUUGAUGCUGAUUCUUUUUGACGGACUUUCUGGCUAUUCUUUUUGAGUGACUGCUGACUGAUGUUUGUGGAAACCAGAUGUAAUUUAUGACACUUUGCAGUAGACUCAUAAGUAGACAUUAACUUGGCACUAGUGCUGCUGUUGUUGUGACUGGACAUGUAUAAACCUGUGGAUAUCCAUUCUCUUUGUAACCAAUAUGUGCUGAACCAUUUUUCCCAGGCACUGAAUAAAUGAUUUGUUUUUCAUCCAUGAA